GCUUCUAUAAAAAUUUAAUGUCCCAUCUCUCGGUGGCUCCUCUUCUCGUCUCUCGCCAUUAAUGGUCUCGAUCUACAACUCCAUCAAUUCCACCGUCUUCUCUUCUCUUCUCCUCUCCUUCGCCCUUUUCGCCCGGAAACCCUAACCCUAAUUUGAGGUCCAGUAUCGGGAGGAUGGGCGAGGGCGCCGAGGUCGCACGGAGCUUCUGAUAUUGAGUUGCCGAGGUCUUCUUCGAGGACCUUCAUAACAAAAUGAGAAAUGUGGAACUGAAAUGUUCUUAUUCUUAAAGUCAAAGAAUGAGGAUGGAGACAGAAAAGGGAGGAUCGAAGAGCAGCGGCUUUUUCAAUCUGUUUGAUUGGAACAGGAAGUCUCGUAAGAAAUUGUUUUCCAGUGGGACCAAUUCAUCCGAGAUCUCAAAACAAGGAAAAAGAAGCGACAGUAAUUUGCCAACAACACAACUUCGUUUGAAUGAGGAGGACGAGAUCAUUGGAGUGUCAAGGGUGAAGGGAAGUAGUGACUACAGUUGUGCUUCAUCGGUAACUGAUGAAGAAGGGAAUGGGGUCAGGGCCCCAGGAGUUGUUGCUAGGCUUAUGGGUUUGGAUUCCUUGCCAACAUCUGGUGUUUCAGAACCCUUCUCCACUCCUUUUCUUGAUUCACGAUCGCUUAGAGACAACUGUAGUCUCAAAAGAAGUCCUGAAUUCUCCAUGAAUGAUCAAUUUAGCCAUGCACCACAUAAAGCCGAGGGCUAUUUUAGGAAGCAAGUAGAAUCACGGUCUCAAAAAAUGCCAAGCAGCCCAAUAGAGAGGUUUCAAAUGGAGAUGUUACCUCCAAGAUCAGCAAAGUCUCUUCCAAUAACCCACCACAAAUUGUUGUCACCAAUAAAAAAUCCAGCAUUCACUUCUGCUAAGAAUGCAGCUCAAAUAAUGGAGGCAGCAGCCAAGAUUCUCGAGCCAGGACUUCCAUCCAGUACAAGGGGCAAAGUUUCUUUAUUUGGGUCAUCUUCAAUUCCAUUGAAAGUUCGUGAUCCAAAGGAGAGCAUGGCAGCCUCUCAGAAGACAUCAAGAUUGCUGGAAUUAUCCAGAACACCUUUUCAGUCGACGGAUGUCAGUUUAUCUAGAGGACCAUCCCUGAAUAAGUCUUGCAAUGUUUCAGAGGAUAUUAUCAUAUUUAGGUCCUCUCCAGAUCCUUAUGAAAUUAAAACAGCUAGUACAACAGGUAAGGGUAAAUCCAUCUCUUUAGCUAUCCAAGCCAAGGUGAAUGUCCAACGAAGGGAAGGCUUAAGCACAUCCUGUAGGAACACGGUAAUCCAGAAAGAGCAUGAUGACUAUAAGCUAAACCAACCAUUUAUAAGCCAACCAAACAACCAAAAGAAUAAGCAGCAGAAAAAGCCAUCAACAGCCAAUGCUUCUGGGAUCCUGCGGCAAAAUAAUCAGAAGCAAAACUGCCCAUCCACCAAAGGCAAGUUAGCUUCGAAGCAAUCAAAUUCUAGUCAGCAGGGGAGAAAAAUUCUUUCUGGAGAUACUGGGAAGCACAGGACAGUAAAUAGGCUUUCUGGAAAUUUGAAAAGUGGAUACAAGAAGGAAGUUUUAGUGACUACUGAUGUUGAAAGGGAAGGCUCAUCGAGUAACAAGGAUUUCCCUAGAAAGAAAAGAUUGAUAGAGGGGAGCUUCAAAUCAGGGAAAAAUGAUUUCAUAGGUAGCAUGUCUGUGGAUAGAAAUGAGAAUGGUGUUCAAUCGAAUGUUGUGAUUGAUAAUCACUCGAGGUGGAAUGAAGAUAAGAGGAAUGCAAUGGAUGUUGUCUCCUUUACGUUCACAUCCCCCUUGACCAAACAAUUGCCUGGAUCUCAUUCUACCAUUCAGGUGGUUGAAAAGAAGGAUACAAGGAAUGGGUACUCUUUUGAUUCUUGCAGUGAAAAGAAUGCUUUAAAUGUCAAGAAUAAAAGAUUAGCAUCUCUAGGUUUGAAUGUUAUAAAUGGUGAUGCUUUGAGUCUUCUUUUAGAGCAGAAACUGAGAGAAUUGACAGCUGGGAUGGAGCCAUCCAGUAACUUUCUUAGAGGAGGGAGUUUUGCAUCUUCUGCUUCUGUAUUGCAAGAAUCAAAAUCUGCUUACAAUACUGAUUCAACGCUACAUCGGAAGGACUUUCUACUUAGGCCAGAUAAAGCUGAUGGCAUAUUUGAUUCUGAAUGUUCAUCAACUAAUGGUCAGAUAGCUGAAGAGGUGGAUUGUAGCAGCAGCAGUGGUGCCCGAAAGGAAUCAGACAACCAGCAUCGUAGUCCUCUUUCUAUAUUUGAUGCCUCCUUUUCCAAUCAAAGUUGCAACUCACCCGAGAGCACCGGCAGCACUGAUGGAAGCAAGAUUUGUUCAUCUUCUGUCCAAGCUCAAAAUGUUGCUUCCCUGAGUUGCUCCAGCAAAGUUCCAUCCAUGGAUGCUGAAAUGGAGCUAUCAGAUUCAGUCUCGUCUGCAUUUAUGGAUUUGGAUGCAUUAGAAAUUAGCAGCACUAAUCAUGCGAAAGUGAGCAGCCAGGAUUUGGAUUAUGUGAGGGAGAUAUUAUACAGCAGAGGUUUGUCAAAGGAUUUAAGCUCAUGCUAUCUAAAUGAUGCUGGUGAGAUCUUGGAUUCCCUUCUAUUUGAAAAGUUGGAGAACAAGAGAAGUAGGACCAUGCUCAAAGGGGAUGACAAGGAUGGUAGGGUGAAAAGGAAGGUCUUGUUUGAUUGCUUGAAUGAAUGCUUGGAAUCGAAGUGCAGCCGUUACUUCCGGGCAGGAUAUCAUGCAUGGACCAAAGGUUUGGCAGUUGUGGGGAAGGGUCUGGCAGAAGAGCUUUACGAGGAGCUUUUAGGGUGGAAGAGCAUGGGAGAUUCAAUGGUGGAUGAGCUUGUGGACAAAGACAUGAGUAUUCACUUGGGCAGAUGGGUGGAUUUUGAGAUUGAAGCAUUUGAAACAGGAGGAGAGCUUGAGGAAAAGAUACUAAGCUCCUUGGUUGAUGAAGUGGUUGCUGAUUUAUGCAUCAAAGGGCAGUCUGUGUUACUCUCCUCUCCAAUAUAAGUGGAUGUCACAUAUUGUUUCCCUUCUGUUUCAAUUUGUGCUUUAUGUCGGCAUCUUUUUCUUCCUUGAGUUAUGCCCAUCUUAAAAUGAGUAUAAAACGCUACAUUUUUGGUCCCAAUAAUCAUCAGUAGUAACUACUAAAUUACGGGAGAAAA